AGCCAAUAUAGAUUGUAAUUGCCGAAAACGCUGUUACAGCGUUUGAGAAGAAUUGGAUUUAUCAACAUAGUUGAAACAAUAAAAACAAUCCUUUAGAUGGAACUUCAAGUAAAUUUAGUCUGAGAGAAAUUCAAAAACCAUUCUGAAUUCAACUUUUCUCAGAAAAAUAUAAAUGAUGAAGAGAGGCUUGUAAAAUCCUAACCUGGAAUUAAAAUUGAACACAACUUCAAUUUUCAACACCGAAAUUAGAAGAAAUGGAAAAGACAAUCUCAUAAAAGUUUUAUAAGGGAUUUUUCUUGCAAUAGAUUUAUCAACCAUACAAUGA